UGUCUCGGUUCGGUACCGCCUUUGCUUGUAAAAUCUGAUUAUUGUUUGCCUAAAAAUGCGCAGUACUUGCUAGGCAGUGCCAAUGUUAUAUAUCAAUGCGAUAAUCGAUCAGGUUUGCGUUGUGUAAGCCAAGCCGGAAUUAUUUAUUGAUUAGUUGCAAAGUUUAGUUUUAUUGCUGACUUUUUCGCAGCAAACUGUCUUCCAUUCGUUUUGGCCAACGACGAGCUUCAGUUCCGCAGAAUAAGGUGCCAUGCAACAGUCCUGUGCUGUUCUUGCGCCUCCGCUGCUGACUCGAACAACACGGACACCCUCAGACUUAUGACUACUCAACUGACACCGAACAAGUGCAAUGACGGCCACUAUAGCUGUUACCCCCCGAAGGAAUGCUGCAAACAAGGAUGUUGUUUCCUGGUGGGACCGUCCUAUGCCAGGCCACCAUCGGUUCAAACUGGGAACAUGUUUGCUAAUCCUCUGUUUUUAGGACACUGGUACUUUUGGUUAGCGGUCACCGCCACCAUAGCAGGCAUUUUGUGUGCCUGCUCGCUUUGGCGCAAACACAGUCAAGGGGGCCUCUGCUGCAGAACAGGCUCAAGCCAAAAUCGCUCUUGUUCCGAACCGGACUCCAUUGGCUCCUGCUACGCUCCGCCUCAGUACAGUAGCUGUAACAACUUCCAUGCAGCUCCACCACCGUAUUCUGAGGUGACUUCGAAACCUGAUAUGUACCCGCUGGUGAUUAGCUACAAUGCCGAGCCGGUAAUCAAAAACAACAACACUUCCACUGGAUACAUUAUCCAGUAUUUCAGGAGCUUUAUUCGACCGAUUGGCUCACUUUCAGCUACUAGCACAAAUGACUCAAUCAGUUCAAGCUAUCUGUGUAACGCUGUCAAUGAGGCAAACAACAUCGUUCCUCCUACUUACUCCAACGUGGCCAGUUUGGAGGAAUUGGUUGUAGACUCUCCUCCUCAUCCAAGUCCAUCGGGAUCGGAGCGAAGACUGCCUAGAAGUGCCUCUUCAGUUUCAAGUGCCCCCACUGAAUACCACCAAGUAAGCGUUGGUUGAUUCUUAUCACGUUGCUUUUGAUUUUAUUCAGUACUCUUAUUAAAUCAGGUUUAGAAAAUUUGAA